AUGGCGCCAAUGAAGAGGAGCGCAGAUGGGGGAAGUGGAGGGACCAGCAAGCCGAAGCACUCUGCAGACGACCGCGCCGCAAAACGACAGCGAAAGUCCGAACCGUCUACAAACGAAACCAAGGUCAAGCCUUCAAAGCCGGCGGCGCAAACCGAUAAGACACCGUCCACGAAGUCAUCGAUCCUUCAGCAAGGCGAAAAAGCGUUCCCUAGGGGUGGGGCGAGUGUCUUGACACCCCUCGAGCACAAGCAGAUCCAGAUCCAGGCGACGCAGGAUGUCUUGUUCGAGCAGUCUGGACAGAAGCGGCGAGAUGCAGACGCUGAGAGCGGAGAUGAGAACAUGGAUAUUGAUGAGGCUGCAGAAGGCAUGGCGAAGAAGCAGAAAAGGAGGAAGGGAAAGGAUCACAAAAAGACCGCUGCUGUGCCGAAAGAAGAGCCGCGCAUGAAAACCGAGGGACUCAGCUACAAGAGGAUUGUACCCGGAACUAUGGUUUUGGGACAGGUCACGCAGGUGACUUCGCGGGACGUAGUGCUCGCGCUGCCCAACAACCUCACGGGCUUCAUACCUCUCACCGCUGUCUCUGACCAGCUUACCCAACGGAUAGAAAAACUACUCCAAGAGGAUGAAAGCAAUACAGAAGCCGAUGAAGCGCAAGAGGAUGAAGACAUCGUAUUGAGCAAGUUCUUCUCGGUCGGCCAAUAUUUGCGUGCGUAUAUCACAUCGACAACAGAAGAAUCUGCCUCGAAGGGUCCUAGCAGGAGUAAAAGGCAUAUAGAGCUUUCGAUCAAUCCGAGACAGGCCAACAGUGGUCUUACAAAAUCUGAUCUCGUGAUCAACAGCAUGAUCCAGGCCUCUGUGGUAAGCGUGGAGGACCACGGUCUCGUGAUGGACCUAGGUCUUGAGGACGGCUCGGUCAGAGGCUUCAUGUCCUCGAAAGAGGUCGGCCACGGUGUUGACCAUAGCAAAAUCGAAGAAGGCGCUGUGUUCCUUUGCAUAGUCACGGGACUUAGUUCGAACGGAAAGAUUGUCAAGCUAUCAGCAGACCAUCAGAAGGCUGGAAACAUCAAGAAAUCGCACUUCCUAUCGGAAGCACCCACAGUCAACGUGUUCCUGCCAGGAACUGCUGUCGAGGUGCUAGUCACUGAUGUCUCUUCUACCGAUGUGGCAGGUCAGAUUAUGGGCAUGCUCGACGCGACUGCAGACCUUGUGCAUUCGGGUGCAGGCGAGAGCCAAACGGAUAUAAGCAACAAGUACAAGAUAGGAUCCAAGAUCAAAGCUCGAGUUAUCUCCACCUUUCCUACAGCCGAGCCUCGGAGAGUAGGAGUUUCUCUUCUAGAUCACGUCCUGUCACUAUCGCCUCGCAAAUGCCUAGACGCAAAGGGCCCGAAAGACCCACUGCAAGUGCAUCCGGUAUCCUCUUAUGUUGAGGAAGCAAAAGUGGUAAAAGUACUGGCUCGUACUGGCCUGUAUAUGGAUGUCGGUGUCAAGGGUGUCCUAGGCUUUGCACACAUCUCCAGACUGAGCGACAGCAAGGUCGAUACCCUGACAGAAACAACGGGCGCUUACAAAGUAGGCUCAACGCACAGAGCUCGUGUAAUCGGCUACAACCCUGUAGAUGGGGUUUACCUUGUUUCUCUCGAGCCGCGUAUACUUGAACAAUCGUUCCUCCGCAUUGAAGACGUCCAGGUUGGCCAAGUGGUCAAGGGCAAGGUAGAAAGACUUCUGAUCACCGCCAAAGGCGCUCCCGGUGUUAUCGUAAGCCUUGCCGAGGGCAUCACCGGGCUUGUGCCCGAGAUGCACAUGGCGGACGUUCACUUGCAACAUCCCGAGAAGAAGUUCCGAGAAGGCACGGCUGUUACUGCAAGAGUUCUUUCAACAGAUCUCGAGAAGCGGCAGAUCCGCCUCACGCUGAAGAAGUCCUUAGUCAACUCCGAGACAGACAUCUGGUUCGAUUACGCUCGCAUAUCGCCUGGCUCACAGUCCCUGGGCACCUUAAUCAAGAUAGACCGUGCAGGCGCCGUGGUCCAGUUCUAUGGCUCAGUGCGCGCCUUUCUGCCGGUAUCAGAGAUGAGCGAAGCGUAUAUCCAAGACCCUUCCCAGCACUUCCGGAUCGGCCAAGUAGUGAGCGUGUACGCAAUGUCCGUUGACGCUGCCAACGGAAGAAUGACCGUCACAUGCAAAGAUCCCUUCACCUCCGGAAAAAUCAACCAGGAGGCUCUCAGAGGAGUGCAAAUCGGUGCAGUAGUAAACGGAACGCUCUUAGAAAAGUCUGCCGAAAGCGUUACGGUUGAGCUUGCGGAUUCGGGCCUAAAAGGACUUCUACGGUUGGGACACCUGACAGACGGAUCUGAUCAAAAGAACUACUCGUCGAUGAAGCGGCUCCGGGUCGGACAGACCUUGCAAGACCUCGUUGUGAUAGAGAAGCUCGACAAGAAGAUCCCAGUCGUACUUUCCAACAAGCCCAAUCUUCUGGAGGCGGCCAAAGCAGGCACUCUUAUUGCUGCUUUCGCAGACGUCAGUGAAGGCCAGAAGCUCAAUGGAUUUGUGCGGAACGUGACCGAUGAGAGAGUCUUUGUGCAGUUCGGAGGCGGCCUUGUAGGACUUCUAUUCAAGUCUCAGAUGACAAAGGAGGCGCAAGAUUUACCGGGCUUCGGCCUACGGAGGGAUCAGUCGAUAUCUGUGACUGUUCUUACUGUCGACCACAGCAAUGAGCGAUUUCUACUCACACUACGACCGCUAAAGGAGCAGGUUGAAAAGCCGCCAACACAGCCACCGGCAGGCGUGGACGACACGCUCGCCAACCCGGUUGAUGGCGAAUCCCAGACCAUUGCGGACUUCACUCUGGGCAAACCCACCAUGGCGUUGAUCACGGCGGUCAAAUCUACACAGCUCAACGUACAGCUGGCGGACAACAUACAGGGCAGAGUAGAUGUCUCCGAGGUGUUUGAGGAGUGGGAAGACAUCAAAGAUAGGAAGCAGCCACUGAAGCAGUUCAAGGCAAAGCACAAGAUCCCGGUAAAGGUGCUCGGCAUACAUGAUGCGCGCAACCACCGCUUCCUCCCGAUCACACAUCGCACGGGCAAGAUACCUGUGUUCGAACUCACGGCUAAGAUGAAGAGCCAGCUUUCUUCUGAGGCGGACCUGCUCACACUGGACAAGGUGCAAGUGGGAUCAUCUUACAUCGCUUUCGUCAACAACAUCAGCGACGACUGUGUCUGGGUCAACAUCACGCCGAAUGUCCGCGGUCGCAUCGGCCUUAUGGAUCUCGCGGAGGACGUCUCGCUUCUGAACAACCUCGAGCAAAAUUUCCCGGUUGGCUCCGCUGUGCGUGUCCGCGUCAAAGCUGUCGACGCUAGCAAGAACCGUCUGGAUCUCUCCGCUACUUCGUCUUCCUCUUCUCUACCCGUAACACUGCAAAACCUGAGCAAAGGCAUGGUACUGCCAGCGCGUGUAACUAAGGUUACCGAACGGCACAUCAUGGUCCAGCUCAGCGACACAAUCUCAGGCCCCGUAACCCUGACCGAGCUUGCGGACGACUAUGCUCAAGCGAAUCCGACCGUGCAUCAGAAGAACGACGUCGUUCGUGUCUGUGUCUUGGACGUCGAUGCGCCGAAUAAGAGAGUCGUCCUCUCCACCCGGCCAUCCCAGGUCCUGAGCUCGUCUCUUCCGGUCAAGGAUCCCCAUGUCGCAAGCGUCAGCCAGCUGAAGGUCAACGAUGUCGUGCGCGGCUUCGUCAAGAACGUCGCGGAGAAGGGCCUUUUCGUUAGCCUGUCGCCGAAAAUCACGGCAUUUGUACGCAUAUCGGACCUCUCGGACGCGUUCAUCAAGGACUGGCGGUCGGCGUUUGAGAUUGACCAGCUGGUCACCGGUAAGGUGGUUGCUGUUGAUCCAGAAAUCAAUCACGUGCAGUUAAGCUUGAAGGCAUCCAUUCUAGACAAGGACUACGUGGCCCCACUGUCCUAUGACAAUCUCGAAGUCGGACAGAUCGUCACGGGCAAGGUCCGGAAGGUCGAGGAUUUCGGUGUGUUCAUCGUGGUCGACAAUUCGGCUAAUCUGAGCGGCUUGUGCCAUCGCAGCGAAAUCGCCGACGGGAAGGUGGAGAAUGUCAAGAAGUUGUACAACGAGGGCGACGCUGUCAAGGCUGUGGUGCUGAAGAUCGAUGCGGAGAAGCGGAGGGUCAACUUCGGGCUCAAGGCGUCGUACUUCCAGGACGCUGCCGAUGAGGAUAUGAGCGACGCUGAAGAUGGAGUUGAUGGAGGCGUUGAUUUGGUCGACGGAGCCAGCGAAGAUGAUGAGGAGUUGGAGCACGGGGGUGUCGAUCUUGCAGAUGUAAAGGGUAUCGACAGCGCUGGGACAGACGAGGAAAACUCCGCUGAUGAAAUGGACGUCGACGAACCGGUCGCUGCGAAAAAGGUUAACGGUCUAAGCACAUCCGGCUUCGACUGGACCGGCACUAGCCUGGGACAAGAUCAGGAUGACGCUCAACAACACUCCGAUACCGAGGAGGACACGGGCAAGAAGAAGAAGCGCCGCAAGCCAGAAAUCAAGGUGGAUAAGACCGGCGAUCUAGACAAGUACGGCCCUCAGUCCGUCGCAGAUUUCGAGCGCCAGCUGCUCGGCCAACCAAACUCGUCGAGUCUGUGGAUCCAGUACAUGGCCUUCCAGCUGCAGCUCAGCGAGGUCGGCAAAGCGCGAGACAUUGCAGAGAGGGCGCUUCGAACCAUUAACAUCCGCGAAGACGAGGAGAAGAUGAACGUCUGGAUCGCGCUGCUCAACCUGGAAAACACAUACGGCAGCGACGAGACGGUCGAGGAAGUUUUCAAGCGCGCGUGCCAGUACAACGACGUGCAAGAGAUUCACGAGCGCCUCGCGAGCAUCUAUAUUGACUCUGGCAAGCACGAUAAAGCAGACAAUCUCUUCCAAGCAAUGACCAAAAAUAAAGCCAUAACCUCCUCCCCCUCCUUCUGGCUAAACUACGCCACUUUCCUCAUGACCACCCUCAACGACCCCGCCCGAUCCCGCUCCCUCCUCGCCCGCGCCAUGCAGUCCGUCCCCAGCAUCCAGCACCGCCAGCUAACCGCCAAAUUCGGCGCGCUGGAGUUUCAGUCACCGAACGGCGACGCCGAGCGCGGCCGCACCAUCUUCGAGGGCUUGCUGUCUGCGUACCCGAAGCGCUGGGAUCUGUGGGAUAUGUUGGUCGAUUUGGAGAAGACGCAUGGAGAGAAGGAGAAUGUGAGGCGUUUGUUCGAGAGGAUGAGCGCGCUGAAGAUGAAGAGAAGGAGGGCGGCGUUUGUAUUUAGGAAGUGGCAGGAGUGGGAGGAGGCGGGUGGGGAUAAGAAGGCGGUUGAGAGGGUUAGGGCGAGGGCGGAGGAGUAUUUUGAGAGGAUUGGGAAGGAGGGGGAUAAGGAGGGGGAGGAGUAG